CUGCCUGGCGGCCGUCGGCGUGCUCCUGGCCAUGGCGCUGGGGCUGCUCAUCGCAGUGCCCUUGCUGCUGCAGGCGGCGCCCCCCGGCGAGGCGCACUACGAGAUGAUGGGCACCUGCCGCAUGAUCUGCGACCCCUACACCGCAGCACCCGGUGGGGGGCCCGCAGGAGCCAAGGCGCCGCCUCCCGGACCCAGCACUGCAACCCUGGAAGUCAUGCAGGACCUGAGUGCCAACCCUCCGCCCUCUUUCAUCCAAGGACCCAAGGGCGACCCGGGGAGACCCGGCAAGCCCGGGCCGCGGGGCCCCCCUGGAGAGCCGGGCCCUCCUGGUCCCAGGGGCCCCCCGGGUGAGAAGGGCGACUCGGGCCGGCCCGGGCUGCCGGGCCUGCAGCUGACUGCGGGUGCGUCAGGUGGUGUCGGGGUGGUGGGUGGCGGAACCGCGGGCGGCGGCGACUCUGACGAAGAAGUGACCGGCGCGUUGAGUGCCGCCUUCAGCGGUCCCAAGAUCGCCUUCUACGUGGGUCUUAAGAGCCCUCACGAAGGCUACGAGGUUCUCAAGUUCGACGACGUGGUCACCAAUCUCGGCAAUCACUACGACCCCACAACCGGCAAGUUCAGCUGCCAGGUGCGCGGCAUCUACUUCUUCACCUACCACAUCCUCAUGCGCGGCGGCGACGGCACCAGCAUGUGGGCGGACCUCUGCAAGAACGGGCAGGUUCGGGCCAGCGCCAUCGCGCAGGACGCCGACCAGAACUACGACUACGCCAGUAACAGCGUGGUGCUGCACCUCGAUUCAGGAGACGAAGUGUACGUGAAGCUGGACGGCGGAAAGGCGCAUGGAGGCAAUAACAACAAGUACAGCACAUUCUCUGGCUUUCUUCUGUACCCGGAUUAGAGGCGCAAGAAGCGCGAGGUGGGGGUGGCAUCAGGCCGUCCUACGCUCACCGGGGCUUGCUGCUCCAUGGCUAGGACCACUCUCGUUUCAUGACACGUCUUGACAUCGUUGGAAAAGACACAUCCCCGCUGUCCUCCCCGCCCUGCCCCUAACUUCAGUACUUCCGCGACUCACUACGCCCAGGGCUGUGCUCCUGGUUCCUGUCCCCAGCCCGGAGAGGGAGGGAGGGUCGCCCAAGCGACUAAAGGAGCCUAAAUCCCGGCGGCCGCGGCGGCGAGGGCAGUGGCUGCGGCAGACUUUACAAGCCUGACUGGAAUGAACAGGCCUGGCGGGACACCUGCCCUCUUCCAGCACCCCCUCCUCCUCCGACUGCCCUGACGCCACGGGCUUCCAGCCCUGGCCGUUGGCGUAGGCCAAAGUGAGCAUGAGCUCCCCUGGGCCGUCCUUCUUUGUGACCCGAAAUACUUGUGCAGAUUUCCCUGUCCAUUAGCCAAAACCACCCACAGCAGAAACCCAGCAAAAGAAAAUUCACCUCUCCACCGCACUCCUGACUCAGACUCACCGCGACGCAUUAAAUUAUGUUUUUAGACUGUGGGCUCCGAUGUCUUUGUCACUGUGG